AAUCUUGGUUUCAGGUAUUCUGUAUUGAAAUCUACGUGAUGUACUCCAUUCAUUCGGAAUAUUAAAAACAUUUACAAUAGAGUACUUUUAGGUGUUACUUUGUGUAAAAAAAAAAAAUAAUAGUAAAAAAAGCCCAAUCCGUUUAAUAGUGAUAGCUGCCAUUUUUCCUCUCUUUUUUUUAUUUAUUUUUUUUAAAUAUGAUGUGCACCCUGCUGGGCAUCCCCAUGGGGAGCUAGUGAGUGACGUCACUGCUCCAUACUGUGCUCUUUUUUUUUUUUGUCGGAGCAGCGCAGAAGAGGAGGACGAGGAAGAAGAGGAGACGCAGCAGCAGCAGCAGGAGGAGGAAGAAGAAGAAGAAGAUUGUGUCGCUUCGCGAACGUUUUGCAUGUGCAAACGUCGUCGUGGAGGCGAAGUGCGCCUGAGUCGGGGGCCGUGUAUUUCCGCGGGAAGGAGGAGGUGCAGCGGUGAAGAUGCACGAGGAAAUGGUCAAAAUGGCAGCGGAGUGACGUGUUAAAUGCUUCGAGGGGCUCGCGGAGGAACGCCAGGCGGAGAUCACCCCCUUCCUCUCCCGGGUCGACGAGGAAAAGCCGCCGCGAGGAUGUCCGCUUAACCCGCAUUCCAGCAAAUAGACGGCACCCGAGCCACCCCCACCCUCCACUGCACCACCCCACACAUUGAUGGAAUGCGACCCGAGUGACUUCCCGACCCGCUCAUCGCCCACCGCGACAUGGCCGAGGCCAGAGAGCCGAACGUGGAGAUCGACCCGGACUUCGAGCCCCAGAAGCGGCCGCGCUCUUGCACUUGGCCGCUGCCCCGUCCGGAGCUCGGCGCUGCGGGCAAACCGGGGGCCAGCGACGCUGAUGUCAUCCCCGAAGAAGAUGACGACGACGACGAGGAGGGAGGAGGCGGAGGUGCGCCCCGGGAGAGCGCCGGGACUCUCGCGCUGAGCGCGCGCGCUCCCUCCGGCCUCCGGGUAGCUUCGGAGGCCGCGGACGGCUCGCCGUCGCCGGCGCAACUGGCGACGGCGGCGGCCGCCCCGGCUUCGCAACAGCUGCGGAAGUCGUCGGCCCGCCGGAACGCCUGGGGCAACUACUCGUACGCGGACCUCAUCACGCAGGCCAUCGAGUCGUCCCCCGAGAAGAGGCUCACCUUGUCGCAGAUCUACGACUGGAUGGUCCGCUCGGUGCCCUACUUCAAGGACAAGGGAGACAGCAACAGCUCGGCCGGGUGGAAGAACUCCAUCCGGCACAACCUGUCCCUGCACAGCCGCUUCGUGAAGGUCCAGAACGAAGGCACGGGGAAGAGCUCGUGGUGGAUGGUCAACCCGGACGGCGGCAAAGGCGGCAAGGCGCCGCGCCGGCGCGCCGUCUCCAUGGACAACAGCAAGUACAUGAAGGGCGCCCGGGGUCGCGCCACCAAGAAGAAAGCCUCGCUGCAGGCCGCCCAGGACGGCAGCUCCGAGAGCUCGUCCAGCCUCUCCAAGUGGACGGGCAGCCCCACGUCGCGCAGCAGCGACGAGCUGGACGCCUGGACCGACUUCCGCUCGCGCACCAACUCCAACGCCAGCACGCUGAGCGGGCGGCUGUCGCCCAUCCUGGCCAACCUGGAACUGGACGAGGUGCCCGUGGACGACUCGCCGCUGUCCCCCAUGCUGUACUCCAGCCCCAGCAGUGUGUCGCCGUCGGCGGGGCCCGCCGGCCUCUCCGACCUGGCCGGCACCAUGAACCUCAACGACGGGCUGGCAGACGACCUGAUGGACGACCUGCUCGACAACAUGGGCGUGAUGGCGUCGCAGCAGCCUCCUCCCGCCGAGGACGACGACGACAAAGGCCAGGGGGGGGCCGUCUUCACCUUCGGCAGCCCCGUCGGCAGCUACGUCCCCAACCCGCUUUUCAGCCCGCCGUCCAUCGCCAGCCUGCGCCAGCCGCCCAUGCAGACCAUCCAGGAGAACAAGCAGACCACCUUCUCCUGCGCCGCACACCUGACCCUGCAGGACCUCCUCAGCCUGGACUCCGGCAACGUCCUGCUCACCCAGUCCGACCCGCUCAUGUCGCAGGCCAGCACCGCCGUGGCGCUGCAGAACUCCCGCCGCAACGCGCUGCUUCUGCGCAAAGACCACGUCCCCCCCCCCGCCAACGUGCAGGCGCAGGUCCCGACCGUCCCCGGCGGAAACGGCCUCAAGUCUCCCGCCAAGGGAUCCCCGGCCUUGCCCGGCCAGGACCGCUUCCCCGCCGCCGACCUGGACCUGGAGGUGUUCAAUGGCGGCCUGGAAUGCGACAUGGACUCCAUCAUCCGCAACGAGCUGAUGGACGCCGACUGCCUGGACCUGAGCUUUGACGCCGCCCACAACGCCAACGUCCCCCCGGGGGGGUUCAAGCGGACGUCGGCGCAGAGCUGGGUCCAGAGCUGA